AUGACAAGAAAACAUCCACUUCGGGUGCUCGCUAUUGUGUCAAACAAGAGUCCUGCAUGGAAACAGUCGCCAGAGGACAUCAUCCAGCUUGCUAUUCAAGUGAUCAACGAAAAAAGUCUCUACGAUCAGAAAGAAAUUACCUUGUCCGAUACAAAACUCUUAGCGAUCCAACGCUACUUUGUUCGUGAGAUGUUUGUGUUCGACAUCUCGAAUGAAGAUUAUGAUCCCGAAAAGGGGCACUUAUCAGAACAGAAUCAACUUCCCGUCGUUGUGAUUCAUCUAAGUGACCGAAAAAUCGCUUCCAAGCCUCACCCGGGAGAAUGCGCAAGAAUCAACGAAACUGUUAGGCAUCUCCAUGAUGCUAAUGGCUUUGGAUCCAUCCCGCCCUUCAUUGAAAACCACACUUCGGGAACUCCACCCAACUAUCCAAACCCACGAAGUCUCAGAUGCAGUGGCCCUCCCCACAAAGCGCUGUGA